AUGGGUCUAGACGGCGUACCUCAAGCCCAAGCCGUAACAGUGAGUCUCAAAGACCUCAUCGAUGGCACCGUCUCCUUCGAAACCCUCACCGAAGCUUUCGGCCCCUCCUCCCUAGGCAUAAUCGUCGUGAAAGACCUCGACUCCGAAUUCCAACGUCUACGCACCCAAGUCCUCUCUAACGCAUCCUACCUCGCCGCCCUCCCCAACGACGAACUAGAAUCCCUAACCAGCCCAUCAGCAAAAUACCUCGUAGGCUGGUCCUGCGGCAAAGAAACCCUGCGCUCCGGCCACUUCGACACGCUCAAGGGCUCGUACUACGUCAACUGCGCAUUCUACCAAGACGCAUCGCUGCAAGGCGCGCCGGCCGACAACUUCCCCGAUCUAUCCGAAGCGCCUGCCGACGUUCCGGCCGGCGCUGGAACAGCUCUGCACGCUUAUCAUCGACACGGCGGCGCUGGUGGCGCGGGCGUGCGAUGCUACGCGACGGCGAACAUCGAGGGUUACAAGAGCGGGUAUUUGGAGCAUGUUGUGCGGACGAGUUUGACGACCAAGGCGCGGUUGCUGCAUUAUUUUCCGGCCGAGGAGGGUGCUUCCGACGCCGGAGAGGGGGAUGAUGAUUGGUGCGCGACGCAUUUGGAUCAUGGGUGUUUGACCGGGUUGACUUCCGCUAUGUUUGUGGAUGAGCUUGCGACUCCCCCCGUGCACGGAGCGCAGCUUGCUGAGUUGGGCGCUUCGCCGGAUCCCAAGGCUGGGCUUUAUAUUCAGUCCCGCACGGGCGACGUGGUCAAGGUUAAUAUCCCCAGGGAUUGUUUGGCUUUUCAGACCGGGGAGGCGCUGCAGCUUAUUACGAGGGGGAAGUUUAGGGCGGUGCCGCAUUUUGUCAAGGGCGCGAAGCCUUCUGCGGGGGAGAGGAUCGCGAGGAAUACGUUGGCGGUGUUCACGCAGCCGAAUUUGGAAGAGGAGGUGGAGAGCGGGAAGAGUUUUGGGGAGUUUGCCAGGGAGGUCGUGGCGAGGACUUAUUAG